CUCUUAAACCUAGUUUUGUUUUGCUUCUAAGAUUGUUUUUUGUAGAGAAUAAAACUCUCUUAAAGACAUGGAAUGUAACAAGGAAGAAGCUAGAAGAGCGAUGGAGAUCGCAGAGAAGAAACUUUCGAAAAACGAUUACGAUGGGGCGAAGAAGUUCAUUAACAAGGCUAAGAGUUUGUUUCCAAAACUUGAUGGUUUGGAGCAAGUGUUGAUGAUGGUCAAUGUUUACAUCUCUGCAUCAAACAGAGGAGGAGGAGAAGAAGCUGAUUGGUAUGGAAUCCUCGGUGUAGAUCCUUUAGCUGAUAAUGAAACAGUGAAGAGACAUUACAAGAAGUUAGCUCUUUUACUUCAUCCGGACAAGAACAAGCUUAAUGGCGCGGAAGAUGCCUUUAAGCUGGUUACACAAGCUUGGUGUAUGUUAUCUGAUAAGGUUAAGAGAACUUGUUAUGAUCAAAGAAGGAAGCAAAACAAGAUGCAGAAACAACCAAACUUACAUAAGCCGGCUUCUAGUGGGAUGUACUAUACACGACCAAGCCCGUGUAGUUCUACUUCUAGUGAUGGUUAUGAAUAUGCUAGAGACAGAGUUGAUCCAAGUGUUGGGGGUUUAAGUAAUAAGGUUGCUAGUUGGAUAAAGGAACGACUUAACUCACUCAGGCAACCAUUUUCUAAUGGGAAUCAAAAUGAUAGAGAUAGUGUGGAUCUAAGUAAUGGGGGUAGAAGUAAUAAGCUUGCUCGUUGGAUAAACGAACGACUAAGUUCACUUAAGUUAGCAUCUUUCAAAGGUAACAAAAAUGCUAGAGACAGUACGUUUUGGACAAUGUGCAAUAGAUGCAAGGCACAAGGUGAAUAUCUAAGGGAUUCUUGUCUUGAUAAGGCCAUACUUUGUCCACAUUGUGAUCAUGCUUUCAUUGCAAGUGAGAUAAGUCCAGGGGAAUGUGCCCAAAACAGAAGUGGUGGUACUUAUUCAAAGAGACAUUACUAUAAUUCUCCAUCAUCUGUUAGUUUCCACUUGAGUUGUUGUAAGGUCCAUGUCUUAUAGUGGAAGUUGAGUGUAGCAAAUCAAGAACAAGAAAAAAACCCUAAAGAGUACUUGAAGAGGAGGAGUCACAAGAUAUGGUUGCUGCUGCAGAAAAGAUUCUUAAAAAGUAAUAAGACUUACCACAUUCAGAAGUUGCAUAGUCCUUGCUUUUAUACCUUUUCAUGGUUUUCUUAUAGGAUAUGUUAUGAAUACAUUUUCAA